AUGUCUGAAGGCGUGUUCCAAUCGCUGACCCGCCCACCGCUUGCGUCGCCCCAUCCUCUCAUCCGCAACAUCGACUCGUGCGGCACUGGCGCAUACCACGUUGGCGACGAUCCCGAUUCGCGCACCAUGCAGACACUUAAGAAGAAGGGCAUUACCAGCUACACACACGCCGCGCGCAAGUUCAGACCAUCCUCGGACUUUGCAGAGUUCGACUACAUCUUAGCCAUGGACGACAAUAACUUGGAAGACUUGCUGGAUCUGCGCGCGCGGGAGGUGAAGCGGAAGGGCGGCGAGGAAGGAGUGGGAAAAGUCAUGCUGUUUGGAGAUUUUGGAGGGAAGCAGAGAAGAGGCGGAAGAGGUGAGGAGGUGCAGGACCCGUACUAUGGCGGCAACGACGGGUUCACGAUGGCAUACGAGCAGGCUGUGAGGUUCUCGAAGGCGUUUCUAGAGGCGCUGGAGAAUGGAGAGCUGAGUUGA